AUGCCAGCCGCCGAACUUCACCCGCUGAGUUUCUGCCUGCCCUGCUGCAAGGCAGACAAGCGCAGGAUCUCUGCAAGGAAACGGGAGCAGGAGAAGAUGUGGGGACCAUCGGUGAAGGCAGAAGCUGCAUUCUCUGGGGCAGACGGAGCUUCCUUGGAGCAAGGGCAGGGGGCACAGGCCCAGGAGGGUGCCCAAGAUGCCCUCUCCUCUGGCAGUGGAGAGACGCUGUUGAGCCGCUGUCUUGCUGGAGGUGUGGAAACAGCUGCUUUACCUCCAGUCCAGUGCCCUGUUUCCUUUGAGGAGGUGUCUGUCUGCUUCACCCCAGGAGAAUGGGCCCUGCUGGAUCCGGGCCAGAGGACUCUCUACAGGGAAGUCAUGCGGGAGAACUAUGGAAGCGUCAUCUCUCUGGCCAGAAGUAUAAGAGAGACUUUGGUGGAGAAAGACGAUCGCCUUGCAUCCAAAGAAAAGCUGGGGAGUUUCUCAAGAGGAUCUCAGGAGCAUAUUUCCUCCCCAAAUGAGCUGUCUGACACCUUUUGCGCAAGGACCCUGGAGCUACGUCCUUUCACCCUCGCCCUCCGGAACCGCCUCCGACGCAAGUGA